AACAAAUCCAACAUGGCGGCCUCCGUGAGGAAGGCAGCGCACGACAUAGAGACGCGGACUCGGACCGACGACGUGCUUCUCUCGGAGGGAAUCGACUUCGGCUCCCUGCUGCUCUCCCGGGCGGUGCUGGACGGACUGACCUCCGCGGGCUUCCGUAGGCCGUCCCCGAUCCAGCUGAAGGCGAUCCCGCUGGGCCGCUGCGGACUCGACCUGAUUGUUCAGGCCAAGUCCGGCACGGGGAAGACAUGCGUGUUCUGCACCGUCGCCCUGGACUCUCUGGUCCUGGAGAAUCCUGCAACUCAGGUUCUGGUCCUGGCUCCGACCCGUGAGAUAGCGGUGCAGAUCCACUCGGUGGUGAUGGCCAUCGGCUGCUCCAUGGAGGGCCUCGAGUGCCACGUGUUCAUCGGGGGCCGGCCUGUGAGUCAGGACAAAGUCCAUCUGAAGAAGUGCCACGUGGCGGUGGGUUCACCCGGUCGGAUCAAGCAGCUCAUCGAGCUCGGCAUGUUGUCCACCGCCAGCAUCCGACUGUUUGUUCUGGACGAGGCCGACAAGCUGCUGGAGGAGGGAAGCUUCCAGGACCAGAUCAACUGGAUCUUCUCCUCUCUGCCCGUGAACAAACAGAUGCUCGCUCUCUCCGCCACCUACCCAGAAUCCCUUGCUCAGCACCUCACCCGCUACAUGAGGGAGCCCACGUUUGUCCGACUCAAUCCCAGCGACAUGGGCCUCAAAGGUCUGAAGCAGUACUACAAGCUGGUUCCGUCCCAUCCUCUCCCUCACAAGAUCUUCCAGGAGAAGGUGCAGCUCUUGUUGGAGCUCUUCAGUAAAAUCCCGUUCAACCAGGCUCUGGUGUUCUCCAACCUCCACACCAGGGCUCAGCACCUGGCAGACAUCCUGUCCUCUAAAGGCCUCCCUGCUGCUUGUAUCUCAGGCGGUCUGAGUCAGGACCAGAGACUGGAGGCCAUGUCCAAACUGAAGCAGUACCAGUGCAGGGUGCUCAUCUCCACGGACCUGACCUCCAGAGGUAUCGAUGCAGAGAAGGUGAACUUGGUGAUCAACCUGGACGUGCCCCAGGACUGGGAGACCUACAUGCACCGGAUUGGACGCGCCGGACGCUUUGGCACUCAGGGUCUGGCUGUGACCUACUGUUGCCAUGGCGAGGAGGAGAACAAGAUGAUGGCCAUAGCUCAGAAGUGCGGCCUGAGUUUGUCCAUGUUGCCAUCCGUCAUCGAGCCGGCGUUGAUGGACGAGCCGUGUGACUGGGACGUCUGCACCGAGGCGUCCACCGCGGGCCUCUCAACCCAGCUCUCCUCCGGGACUCAGAAGAAGAAGAAGAAGCUGCAGCGUGACGAGGAUCAAAGUGUGGAGCGCAGAGAUCAAAGGAAGCCGGAGAAGACCGUCCAAACGUCUGCUCCACGAGUAUACGACCACGAGAGACCCAGAAGAGCGUCUCCCGCUGAGGACGCUCUCCCGCAGCGUCGUCCUCCUCCUCCUCCUCCUCCGGCAUCGGCGACUCGCAAAGAGCUGCAGGACGCUCUGCCGAAGAUCCCUCCUCUGAGCUCCUUCAAGAGUCGCAGGUCGAGGUUCGUGACCUUGGAGGAGGCCGAGCGGGACUUCAGUAGGUUCAUCACGGCGGGGCCGGGGAGGUCGGUGGAGGUCAUCAGGGAGUUCAGAGGCGGAGAGGACGGAGACCAGAGCGGACACAGAGAGACCUUCACGCUCCACGACCAAGACGGAGGAGAACAGUUAAAACUAAAGAGAGAACGGCAGAGAUGUGACCUUUUGCCUCAGAGGUCGGUUUCUGGUUCUCCGAGCUCGCAACCGGACGAGGACGACGAGGACGACGAGGACGACCAGAAGAAUCGUACCAGAGGAGGCGAGUGCAGAGCGAUCAAGACUGAAGCCAGAGAAACGCCCACCACGACCAAACCAAAGGCAGCGACCGCCACAUCCAGAGCUGUCACUGCUUCUACGCCCCAAAUGUAUCGCCACACAUCCUGCGCCUCACGAGGAAGAGCUCCGUCUCCACCCGAGAGACGGGAAUCCAGACCGGCCAUCGAACCGACGGGCCCGAAGAGCAGCAGACAGGAAUCCAGAAAGAUUCAAGAGAAGACUUGGAAACAGAGCAAGAAGGUAUCGGAGCAGAAGAGAGAAAGGGAUGACAGCGAGGAGGAGGAGGAUGAAGAAGAGGAGGAGGAGGAGGAGGAGGAGGAGGAGGAGGAGUGGAGCGCUGAAGCCUACUGGAGAGCCAGCUACAGAGCCUGGAACGACUACUACGCCUCCAUGUCUCCUCUCCAGCAGCGAGGUCACCAGAGCUACUACAGCGCCGCCCAGGACUGGAUGGCGGCGUAUCGUAUGAACGCCGUCUACGUGGAGGAGCUGCUGAAACACUGACGCUCUGCUGAGGAGACCUGAUCGUGUUUGCACUGACACAUGAAGCACUUUUUUGAGUGUUUUUUCUUUUUUUUUUCUUUUUUUUUUCAAUGAAUUCAUUCCAUGUGUCUCUUCCAAUAAAUGACCAGUAUGGAGCGUGGGGGUUUCUUCUGUUAUGGCUCCACACAUUCACAUGUUCACCUUGUUUAUAUACAUAGUUAUCCGUAUUGAUCCGUAGUCGAUGUUUAAUAAACCGUAUGUCGUAUGAGGCCCGUGCUUUGUGUUCUAAAACCUCUAAAAAGAGUUUCUGGUGAACCUCUGAUGCCGAGCUUUAAGAAUAACUUUAUAGAAACAGAGGAUCUUCUCUCUGAUGGUCUGGUCUACUGAUGGAGGUCUAUAGAGGAUCAGGACUAAACCGAGACUGAUUCAGAACCAGUUAAAAGUUCCUAAGUGUAACUUUGU